AAUGUCGCAAAUUGUGACUGUUUACGCGAUAGCGGUUUACGGCAGCUGGACGAGGAGUGUUUCGGGUAUAGCUUCCUAAAGCACCGCGUAUCAGCCACACUUAUUUGAGCUAAAUAGGACUGCUCUGAUGAAUUGUGCCAUGUAUGUGCACCUGGAUGAGUUUUUAGGCUUCUUGUAAUGUGGAGAAAUGUGACUAACCAACUCAUUCUAACGCUGCUUUUAGCUGCAAUUCGCUAUUAGAGCCUUCGUAAACGUCACGGCUACGUCGUUAUGCGCAUGCGCACUAAAAUGAUUUGCAAUGUUUUCAACCGCUUCCGCAUCAUAUUGGAUAAGAAACCUUGAUUUUGUUGCUUUUUACAUUUUUAUCACAGUAUGCGAGUUUGUGUCGGUUAAGGCUAAGCAAAGAUAUAUGGCAAAGGUUCUGUACAACAGCAGCAACUCGAAUUUGCUUUAAAUACGAAGUCACGGAUGUAUGAGUCCCAAAUUCUUCCACUUCUUGUUCUUGGUCUAUCCAGAGGCGAUGUUUUUGAUCGACAACUUUUAAUUUCGGCCUGCACAAUAUUUAAUAAAAUUCUCAAGUCUCUUGACGCAUACAACAUGGACCCCGUGGUGCUAAGCUACCAGGACAGCCUGCUUCGCCGCUCAGAUGUUUCCCUUCUGGAAGGACCCCACUGGCUGAAUGACCAACUCAUCGGAUUUGCCUUUGAGUAUUUUGCUAGUGAGCGCUUCCGAAUCCUGGGGGAGAGCGUCGUCUUUGUCAGCCCGCAGGUCACCCAGUUUAUCAAGUGCUCUUCCAGCCCAGAGGAGUUAGUUAUGUUUCUUAACCCUCUGGAUCUGGCUUCGCGUCGUUGGGUCUUCCUGGCUGUGAAUGACAAUUCCGAGCAGGGCGCUGGGGGGUCGCACUGGAGCCUUCUGGUUUACCAUCAUAAAUCCAACCACUUCUCUCACUAUGACUCUCAAAAUGGCAGCAACUCUCUGCAUGCCCAGCGCAUUGCUAGCAAGUUAGAACCCAUGUUGUGUGGAGGGAGAAAGGCUACAUUUGUGGAGGAGCCCAGUCCUGUACAACAGAACAGCUAUGAUUGUGGCAUGUAUGUCAUCUGUAUAGCUGAGGCCUUGUGUGAGAAGCCACACCUGGCUUUACAAACUCUCACUCCAUCCUUCAUUAAACAGAAGAGAGCAGAAUGGGGCAUAUUGAUACAAAGUCUCGCUCAGAGUCAACUCUGAUGUGCACUCUUUUCCUCUGUACCACACGCACUGUAUGCAGAACUGCACAUGCACGAGCUAACAAAAUUAGUACCUCUUUGUUCAUGAACUAUAAAUGAACAAAUGACACUGAAAUUGCUGACAGUAGUAUAAAAUGAAAAUUCGCAGAAAAUGAACAAAAUUCAAAAUCAGACAUUGAUUUUUAAGUGCUGUAUAACAGGAUCGCUUUAAAAAGCAAACUAAUGAAACAGGCGCGAACAAAUUAAAGUAUCUUUUAAUAUUGUGUUACACAGUUUCUAUAAUAGUCAAUGAGUAGCACAGAAACUGCUUAUUAAUAGUAAGUCAGACUGAUUACAUACUUCAAUACAAACCUUUAUUUAAUAUUCAAAUUAUUUUCAAUCUUAUCAAGGAUGCCAUCGUUGUUGUCCAGGUCUGUUUCAUUUCUUUUAACCAUUUAAAGGCAAUGUAUAAUUUUCAUUGGUUCAUUUUCACUCAUUGUUCUUUUAACGCCAGUUUGUUAGAAGUUGUUGCUGUGACCAUUUUGAAUUUUUCCCUUUCAUUAAAAGGGGUAUCAACCAUUUUGUCCAUGUACUACUGUUGUAUUCUCUGCGAGAGCAAUGAAUACACUCAUGCACUCUUAAGAACGGUAAAGCAAAACUUGUUUCAUUUCGACCCAGUUGGUAAUGAAAUAAAGUGACAAUAUUUUUACCAUUUUAUGAUUUAUACGAACUACCACUGUAAUGUUUAUUUCUAAUAUAAGCAGUGCAACACUUGAGAUGUAAACAAGAACACCAGCAUGCCUAUAAAAGGUACGUCAUUGCGUGUACAUUUUACUGAUGUUGGAGGCAAUGUGAUCAGUGACUUCCAUUUUAUGAGUUUGGGGUAAAAAUAUAAAUGUUAAAACACAUGGUCAUUUUUGAAUGGACAAAGAUUAACAGAAUGUGACUUUGUUUCCAUAAUUUUAUUCUUGGCUCUCAUCACUGUGGGACUUGUAUUUGGAAGUAUUAUUGGAUUUAAUGACAUAACUUUUGUUCUUUAUUAAAUCAGUUUUAUCUUGAAA